UAAAGUGUCAAUCGAGCGCGCUCGAGUGUAUUUUUCGAACUCAGCCCUGUGUGACUCCGUGUGUGACAGAAGCACAUGACGAGUGGCUAACUUCAACUCGGUAGUGUUCAUGGCAAUUUGUUUGCAGUGAAACGUUAAAAAUGUGUUUAUAUAUUGUUGUUGCAUCAGAUUAUUAAGAUUUUUAAUAGCGAAGCGUGAUUUCGUAGAAAAUGAAUUCUUUGCAAUACGUGGUACAUCCUUUGCCCGGAACCGAAGAGCAAUUUAAUGACAGGUUGAAAGAGGUAGCAGAUAGAAUCAACAGGUUGGGGCAGAAUGUCCAUCCAGGAUUGUCAAAUUUACGUACUGGAAUUAAGCGAGUUUGUUUAUCACCAAAUUAUAUAGCUUUGUUGUUAGAAGACAAUAGAAUUUGUAGAAUAUCUUAUAAUGUAUUACCAGAUAGAUUAGACCUGAGCAAAAAUGAAAAAAAAUCUUGGGCAAUACGUAGUUCAGGGGGCGCUGGGGCAGGAGGAGCAAGCGGAACUGGGGGAAAUGGCAACACUAAACCCACAAGUGGAAGAGGAAUUAGAACCAGAGCUAGAAUAAUGAGAUCUAACACUGCUAUUAGAGGCGGAAGUAAUAGUGGUAGUAGAGGAGCCCCAGUUAUUAUAGGAACUAGUUCUUCAAGUACAGGCAGACCUAUGGUCACAGUACCAGCGCCUUAUGUGCCAGAGGAAUUGGUAUCACAAGCACAGGUUGUUCUACAAGGAAAAAGUAGAAACUUAAUUAUUAGAGAAUUACAAAGAACAAAUUUAGAUGUAAAUCUCGCUGUAAACAAUCUUCUAUCUCGUGAUGACGAAGAGGGCGAAGAAGGAGAUGAUGCAGCUGAUUCUUAUGUACCUGAAGACCUUAUAUCAUUACUUGAUGGUGGUUUUCACCCUGAGCAUUCAGUUAUAAUUGAUGCGGAUGCAAUGUUUUCUGAAGAUAUGUUUGGAUAUUCCAGUAUCAGGAACUUCCUUAACAGUCGUGGUAGCAGUGGCCGGAAUCGUAUACCCGACAGAGACGCACCUUCAAACAACGCAGGUGGCAACUCUGACAGAGACAGAGAGAAUUUUUCAAGGUGGCGAGAUAGGCAGUAUUUUGGACCAAGGAGAUGGUUGGAAACUGCAUUGAGGGAUAAUACUUUCGAUAAGGAUGCAGACCACAAGAAAAAAGAUAAUGCUUGUCCACUUUGGAUAUCAGAUGAUCUUGAAUUCUGGCCUGAACCUGCACCGAAAUUUACACAAAUGGCAACUUUAUACAGCGAACUCAUAGCCCUCUCUACUACUGGGCAAAUUUACCAGUGGAAAUGGAAUGAACAUGAACCAUACAAACACCCAGAAAAUCCCAACGUCCACCACCCCAAAACUAUACCUUUGGGCCUAACAGGCGAAAAAAUAACUCAGUUGUCAGCAUGUUCAAUGCGUUGUUCUGUAUCUACAGAGUCUGGAAAAGUGGCAACGUGGUUGGAUGAGUUGUUGACACCUGCUUCUAGCAAACUGGAACAUGCAGCGCAAGCUUAUACAGAAUUUCAGUCGGAUAAGAUCAUUUCUUUGUAUACUUGUCCUUUAUACACAGUUGCCAGAUUGGAAAGUGGUAGUUUGUAUUGGUGGGGAGUAUUGCCAUUUGCUCAGAGGAAACGCUUAUGGGAAAAAUAUAGAACAAAAUGUCGAAAGCAAAGACCAUCCAGCAAUCAGUCAGAAAUAGUGGCAGGCUCUCAAGUUUGCAUGAAAAACUGCCCAAUGUAUCAGCCAGGCGCUAUAGCUUUUACCGUCGCCAGUGGAGUACCCAAAGUAGGGCAACUACAGAAUGCUGCUUGGACUUUAAGUGACACUUGCACAUUCAAAAUUAUGAACGUUGCUACCUCAGAAAAAAGGAGCGAAGUUGGACCAACUGCCCCCUCACUGGAAAAUGUUUUUGUAGCUAAUCUAGGAAGUAAGUCUACAACCAAUAAAGAAAAUACCGAUAGGUUGGAUAUGCCACCUCCACCAUCACCAGCUUCUAGUACAUGCAGUGAUACAGGCAGUGUCAACAGUCACAAGCGUCAAAAAAGAUCAGUCGUCACCAAUUCUGAACCAGGUAACGAUCAGAAAAAAGAUGAAGAAGAGUGGUUAUUACGUGAUGUAAUUUUCGUAGAAGACGUUAGGAGUGUACCGACGGGGAGGGUUUUAAAAGUAGAUGGUGCAUAUGCUGCAGUACGGUUUCCUUCAGCUCACACAAAAGUAGCAUUUGACGUUGACGAAAUCUUGCAGGAUUGUAGAUUAAUGAGAAAAGAUGAGUUGCAGGUCAUAAAAUCGUCUUCCAAUUCUCGCGUCCCUGAUUGUUUCCAAAGAACACCAAGAAGAAUUCAAAUACCAGACAAUGGUGGUCAAAUUUUAACUAUAGCCGUGGAUGGUCAAGGAAUACAUGCCAUUGUCAGAAAUGGUUCUAAACUCAGUUAUGUAAUUUAUAACAUAAGUAGUGGACGAGUGGAGCAGGAUAAUCAAUUUCCCAGUGAAACUGCAGCUUUUAUGGGAUUGUAUCCAUCUUACAUAAAUUUAACUUGCGCAGGAGAGAGUUCUGAAUCAAUUUUAAUCUUAAGAGACGGCAAUAGCACGAUAUAUCCUCUAGCUAAGGAUUGUGCCGACGCAAUUAGGGAUCCCCAAUUUUUAGACGUACCGCCUGUUAAAUGCCUAACCACCAGUACUCUCGCACUGUGUGGUACUGGUACUAAUAUGAAAAACCAAGUUGCUAUAGUCAUUUUCGCCUUAGAACAACAAUUAUUGAUGCCGAAGAUUUUGAGAUGCGAUUUAGAAGGCGUUAGACAAGUGUUGACGCAAUUGGACAAUGAUUUUAAGACACAUAAUAUGGGCAAAUCGUUUUUGAACGAGAAAUGUGAUGGAAAUCGAAAUAUUUUUCAUGCAGUUGUUAAUAUGUGCACGCCAAUUUCAAAUAAGGAUCCUGAAACAGAACAACCCACCUUUGUCCAAGAAGAACCAAUUCCCACUCCCAGCUGGCCACCAGAAACUUUUGAUGGAACUUCUGGUGAUGAAGACAGUUUAAUGAGCUUGGGUAGCAGUGCUGCGAAUAAGGGAACAGGUAAUCAUCCAAAUCCGCCCAUAGGAAAUACAGUGACUGACCCAUCAGAAAGAAGGUCAAAUGCAAUGCAAAUUUUACACUCCUUAUUGUAUGAUUCUUCUGCACUUGAAUCGCAUUUGAUUGAAAUGUUGUGUGCCAAGGAUUCUCAAGGCCAAACCCCAUUCAUGUUAGCUGUAUCGUCGCGAAGCUAUCCAGCAGCUUUAGAACUUUUUGAAAAAAUCAUCAAACUUGGUACCAUUCAAGAACGUGAUGAAAUGAUAUUCCCUAAAGCCUCAAAUCCCGACCAUUCUCCGUUACACGUGUUGUGCUGCAAUGACACCUGCAGCUUUACUUGGACAGGUGCAGAACACAUCAACCAAAACAUUUUUGAAUGUAGAACUUGUGGACUUACAGGUACUCUUUGCUGUUGUACCGAAUGUGCCCGAGUCUGUCACAAAGGGCAUGAUUGCAAAUUGAAGAAAACUUCUCCGACUGCUUACUGUGAUUGCUGGGAAAAAUGCAAAUGCAAAGCUCUCAUAAUGGGAAAUCAGACUGUCAGAUAUGAAUUAUUGACACGUUUGGUUAAAGAGACCAAUUUGGUGUGUCAGCCCAAUUCAAGGGGUGAAAGUAUUCUCCUUUUCUUAGUUCAAACUGUAGGGCGACAGAAUCAGGAACAAAGGCAAUUUAGAAACUCAAGAUCUAGGACAGCAUCUUCCAAUUCAAGAACAAAGACUCCUUCAUCAGAUGUUGAAUCAGAUAUGCCAGAACACGACUUGGAACCCCCAAGGUUCAGCCGCAGAGCCCUAGAAUGUCUUUUGGGUGAUUGGAAAGCUGUCAAAAGCAUGAUUAUGUCUGGAGUUUCAAACGAAUCAACCAAAGAAGGCCCUUAUGAAGACCAACCAUAUGUCACUGGGCAAACGGGAACUACGUUGUUGGAUAAAUUUACCCAUUGUUUCUUUGUUAAAUGCCAGAUGGUUUUAGACGUUCUCCUUGAGACUAUUAUUAAAGAGAUGAAAACUAAUGAUUUCAAACAAAGAGAGAUUGCCCAUUUGAUUGCUAGAAGAUUUGUUAGAUCAGUUGUCAGGAUUUUUGUGAUAUUUAGCAUUGAGAUGGCACCAAAUACAACUAAACGACAACGUUUCGGCAAUCAGAAUUUACCCUUGAGCAAAUGUAAAAGAGUAUUUCAAUCUUUGUCAAAACUAUCCAUAGAGGAAUUAUGUGAAACUGCCGAUUCUUUGAUUGCUCCUGUAAGAUUGGGAGUGGCUAGACCUACAGCACCGUUUUCUUUGGCUACUUCUCCUAAUGACAUUUUAAAUGGUUCCGAAGAACUAUUUUUGGUUGACCCUCUGGCGCCAUCUUCAAAUAACGGAGGUUCUAGGUCAGUAGGUAAUUCCCAAUCGUCAGAUAAUUUCCCUUAUUUAGCUGAAGCUGUUCGAAGUGAUUUAUUGAAUAGAGCUGCUAGCGGUGCGUUGUUGAACGAUUUGAAUGACGGAGAUGGUAUGGCAAUUGACAAUGAUGAUGAUAAUGCUUCUGAACAUGAAGAUGCUCCUGCAGACCGCGAACUGCCAAUAACCGUGCGUCAAGCAUCUUUAAAUGACAGUGAACCACAAGAAGUGGCAGAAGGGCAACAAGAAAGUAGAUUGCCAGGUGAAGAUUCCGAUCCUGAGCUAGAUCUAUUGGCAGAAACAGAAUCUGACAGCGAUGAUAAUCACAGUAAUCAAGAUGCCGCGUCUGCACAAAGAUCUGUACAAACUGGAGCCACAGCAGGAUCAGAUACAGGAGGUAUGUUACUAUUUCCGGAAGACGAAAGUGGCGAGUCUUCACAACAAGAGGAAGAGGAAAGUGAAGCUGGUGAAACUGAUGAACAAGACACCGAAGAUUAUGCUUUGACAGAUGAACAACUGGAAAGAAGAAGUAACGCUGCUGGUCAUGGUCAACGAACUAAUUUAGCUCCUCAAAACAUGCAGUGGGCAAUACGUUCUCGAGAAGCAGGUAGAUCACAAGGAGUACGUCUACCAAAUGGUUCUAAUUUAGUAUUCAUAGAUCCUAGCUCGCUAAGAAGAUCUACUACUGGAAGUUCAACUGUAGCUGCAAGUUCUGAACCUAUUACUAUGGCUACCACAGCCAGUUGCUUAGCUAGAGCAUUUGGUAUCGUUGUUAGGCAGAUUUCCGAUUUACUUUCGCUAAUACCAGACAUUAAUCAAAUUGUAUCAUCUUCAUCUGCCAACAUGGAAGUCACUCAGGAUGAUAUCUACAAUGUACAGAUUUAUUUGGAAUUCCGCCUUAAACCAACAUGGGACUGGCUUUUAACUGUCAUGGAUGCAACAGAGGCGCAGUUGAAAUUUGGUGCUUCUCUCACAAAUUCUCUGGAUCUGACAAGCCCGGGUCAUCCUCUGAACACGGGAACGACCAAUAGCACAGGAGUCGCUUCUAGUUCUGCAAGUAACAUCAGAUCUGCUCAUAGAACACACACAGUUACAGGUGGUUCUGGUAGUUCCUCUAGUACAAGAAUUGUUGGCUUUACUACCAAUGGAGAACGGACUAGACCAGACAGAGACAGU